UGCUUUUGUAGUUUAACUUUGUAACAAAAAUUAUGUAGUUUUAUAACUCUGAACAAAAAUGACGCUACUUUCUGACGUUUAACUUAAUACGUAGAAAUUAUUCGGGCUACAGUGUUGUAGAAGCGAUUAGCCUAAGUCAAUCUGUCGGCUACCGUUUAAACAUUUUUCACACCCUUAAUGAAAUCAUCGAUAGAACGGGAAGUAUUUAUAUAGUAGCAUGUCCUCUGUGCUAAGUGGCAAACUUCAAAUAUGUAACAAGUGGCAAGGUGGUACUAAAAUCGCCUUAGUUUCAUUUGAAUUUUGAAUAGAUGUAUUUCGAAGGAAUUAGUGUUUUGGCAAAAAGCCUAGUUCGCCUUCGCGGAACUGGUACAUUACCGCUCCUCAAUGCUCUUCUUACGAAUGAGAUUAACACUACAAACCCGGUCAUCUAUUCGUAUUUAUUAAAUAGCCAAGGAAGAGUUCUGUUUGAUCUUUUCCUGUACAAGCUCAAUGACAACGAUGUCCUUCUUGAGGUCGAUAGGUCAGCGGAACAGUCACUAAUUAAGGUUCUGAAUUUUUACAAGCUUCGCCGUCCGGUUGAUAUUGCGAGCUCAUCUCUGGUAGCCUGUGUGGCAUCGGACGCCCAAAGCGCGGCAGUUGUACAAGAUAUCGAUCCCCGCUUACCCCAACUGGGUCAUAAAGUUGUGCUGGAAAAAUCGCCCGCAAAUGCUAAAACUGCAGAUGUCUACUGCGAACUACGCUACCGACUCGGUGUUCCUGAAGGCAUCAGCGAGCUCGGCCUCGGUAAAGCGAUACCGUUAGAAUCCAAUGGCGAUUACCUCAAAGCUAUAUCUUUUGAAAAGGGAUGCUACAUCGGCCAAGAGCUUACUGCCAGGGCGUACCAUACAGGCAUCGUGCGUAAGCGAUUUAUGCCGCUAAAAUUCAGCGAAGUUCUUCAAGGAUUCAAGCCUGGAAGUGAUGCCUCCGUGUUAAACGAAAAGGAUUCAAAGGUGGGUGUCCUAAAAGCCGCUCAAGGUAUUCGAGGUUUGGGCUUGAUGCGGAUAAAGGAGUCUCUGGAAGCUGAAAUGCUGAAAACUGAUAAGUACGCAAAUGUACAGCUCACUAUAGCUAUCCCUACGUGGUGGCCGAAAAAUCGCUAAUUAAAAAUUAAAAAAAAAAGUCAAACUUAUUAAUGAAGUGUAAUUGGAGAAGAUAAUUAAACAAGUUAUUUCCUUCAACUAUGUUUGUGUCUUUAGUUUUUGACAGUAAUAUCUGAUCAAUGACGAUGUAUGAAAUAUACUUUUAGCAAGCCUAUUAGGCGGCAUUACUAGUUGAUUUUGCUACCAAAAAAAAGUUCUGUUGCCUCAUCGAUGUACUGCAACAAACAUCCAGACAAGAGUAACUCCCUAAAUAUCCCCAAUGCAUUUUAAUGCCGUUAGGUAUUUAUUGUGCAAUCCAUUUUGAUGAUCAUAUUCUGUUUGAAAGCAAAUUAACUAUAGUAAAUGUUUCUAGCUCUACUCCAGGAAUUAUUGAGCGAAUAACUCCAAGCACGAAAUAAACAAGCCUACUCAGAUUCGAGCUUAGGAUUCAUAUGUCCUUGGCUUUAAAAUAGUAGGCAGGCACGUGAGAAAAUUGCCUAUGUCACCUUGACUGAUUUGCCUAACAGGCUUUUGUAAGCGUACUCAUUUCAUUUUUCUCUUGGUAUAUACAUAGAAAUAUUUAUUUAUAUUUACUGAACAGUCAUGAAUUAUUAUGGAUAUGUCAUACACAAACUUAACAGGAGGUUAUCCCGAUAAAUGCUGCCUUCAGCUUGUAAUGAACUGCAUACUCUAGCCCUCUCCACUAAAGAUCAAACCA